AUGGAUGGCAUAUCGAGUUAUAACUUAUUCAUAGCUGCACACAAGCCGCAACUCGUUCUGUCCGGAGUCCCGGAACAUUUUUGGCCGGUUUUAUGUAAGAAACUUAAAGAUCAAAUGUUCGAUUCCGGCUUAGCCUUUCAGUUAGUUAAAAUAGAUUAUGAGGAUGAUGAAAAAGAAUCUUAUGAUCCAUUGUGGAGCGUUAUGGCUAUCAGUGACUUAGACCCUACAGAUUCCAGUAAUAUUUUCCUAGUAGAUCAUGCAUGGACUUUCAAGGCUAACACUAUUAAAAGUAGCCUCAGAAAUAUGCCGGCUUUAUUAGAAAGGAUGUGUAAUCUUAUGCAAAUUGUUAGAGAAACAACUGAGGAGCAAAUAGAUGAAGUAUACCAAAAUGUGUGGAAAUAUGCAAACACUUAUUCUAUAGGAGGAGAUGAGUUAUCAGUUGAAGAUAGAGUUCCCGUGUGGUAUAUAAUGGAUGAAUUGGGUUCAGCUAUCAAUCAUUCUGAUCAGCCAAACUUUAGAGCUGUACCGUUUAUACAUAUACCGGAACAGGUCACAUAUACAUUACUUUUUCCUAUAGAAAAUGUUGAAGAAGGUGAUUUGAUAACAAGAAACUACAUAGAGGGCAAAUUUUCAGAUCCAAAACAAAGAGAAGCUAUGCUGAUUCCAUGGAAGUAUUAUGAACAUUUUGAUGAUGAUUUCAGUCAAACAGAACCUGAUAUUAACUAUUUUUUAGAGGGUCAUAUUGUUGAAUCACUACCUGAUUUAGAUAAUCUGCAAGGCAAAGUAAAUGUUUCAGGAAAGCUUAAAGUUUUUUCAGAUUACGAAUAUAUAAAUCAGUAUCUUACAGCAGACGAGUUCCAAAUAGUUGACAAUGAAAGUGAAGCAGACAUAUUGUGGUAUAUAGAACACUUCAAAACUUUUAAGGAAUUAAGUGUUAACUCCCCUAAUAAGUUUGUGAAUCAAUUCCCUUUUGAAUAUGUUGUUACAAUAAAAGACAUUUUGGCUAUCAUAGCAAGGAGAAACAAUAAAAACUAUGGGAAUGAAGAACUUGAAACAUUUCCCACAUGGUUACCAACAACUUUUAACAUGAAGACUGAGCUUUCGAAAUUAGUAGCUUAUUACAUGCAGAGAAAAAAACGUGGUCUUGAUAAUCAUUGGAUUUGUAAACCUUACAAUCUCGCUAGGGGUUUAGACACAUACAUUACAGAUAACUUAGAUUUUCUAUGCAGGCUUCCAUUGUCGGGCCCCAAGAUUGCUCAAAAAUAUAUUGAAAAUCCUGUUCUAUUUGACAGACCUGAUGUCGGGAAAGUUAAAUUUGAUAUCCGUUAUGUUGUUCUUCUGAAAUCUGUCAAUCCAACUGAAGUUUUUGUGUACAAUAAUUUCUUCUUACGGCUGUCUAAUAAAGAAUUUUCAAUGGAAAACUUUGAUGAUUAUGAAAAACAUUUUACUGUAAUGAAUUACACCGAAGGAGCGCCAUUGUUUAAAUUAUUAUGUGAAGAUUUUAAAAAUGCAUGGUCUAACCAGUAUCCAGAUUAUGAAUGGGAUGAAGUUGAGCGGUCUAUAUUUAAUAUGUUAUCUGAAUUGUUUAUAUGUGCUACUGCCAAAGAACCCCCUCUUGGAAUAGCAAGAAGCCCUCAAUCAAGAGCUUUGUAUGCAGUUGAUGUGAUGCUGAGUUGGGAUAAAAAUGGCACCAACAUACAACCAAAGCUACUAGAAUUAAACUGGAUGCCGGACUGUCGAAGAGCUUGUGAAUAUUAUCCUGACUUUUACAAUGAUAUAUUCUCUGUAUUAUUUUUAGACAAAACUGUUGGUUCUUGUACAAAGAUUUUGUAA